GCCAUCCAGGAAGGUUCCUUUGAUGUCGGUCUUCAUACCAAUAGCCUAGUUUCGUGGAAGAAUACUCUGCCGUUAUCGAGCCUACGUUCCUGACCGAUGCUUUCCUCAUGAUGUGUGUACUUUCUUUGUUUUGUAGGGGGUAUUUAAUGAUACAUGGAUUUGGAGGAAGCAAAAUUGCGUUUAUAGUUAGAAAAGAAAGGAGAAUGGGGUACUUCGUCUUGAUUGUCGCGAAGCUUGCGCUGGGCCGGGGUUGUGGCUGUGCAUGUAUAUAAGCCAGCGGUGGGAGGAGCAACGUGGGAGAAUGGCGGUGGAGACGAAAAUGAGGGACGUGGAGGGGUACAUGAUGGGGGGGCGGUACUGGCGGGACGUGGAGAUGACAAAAGAGCAGAUAUUGGAAUAUGUGAAGAGCAUCGAGGUGGGAGUGGCCGGCAAGGAUGGGUGGGUCAUGGACGUGGACGACACCUGCAUAUCCAACCUCGGCUAUUACAAACACCACGGCUUUGGCUGUCAGGCCUUUGAUUCCGCCAAGUUCAAGCAGUGGAUCAUGAAGGCCGAGUGCGACGCCAUCCCUGCCAUGCUCGCCGUGUUCCAGGAGCUCGUCCGCCGUGGAUUCAAGGUCUUCCUCGUCACCGGCAGAGACCAAGCCCGCAUGGCCCACAUCACCUCUCUCAACUUGCAUGGCCAGGGAUUCAUCGGCUACCACCGCCUCCUCUUCAGGAGUGAACAGUACCAGGCGGAGAGUGCGGAAAAAUACAAGUCAGAGAUGCGAAGGAAGAUAGAAGGAGAAGGAUAUAAAAUAUGGGGCAACGUGGGAGACCAGUGGAGUGAUCUCCAGGGUUACUCUCCAAGGAAUCGUACUUUCAAACUCCCAAAUCCCAUGUAUUGCAUCCCUUGAUUUUCCUUGUUUAGUUAGCCUCAACCAUGCAUGCAUGUAUGAUCGUAAAUUCACUGGAGUCACAUCCCAUCUUAUUAUGUAUAUUAGAGGGCUUCAUAUCAUGUACGUGCAUGCCUCACUCUCGUGCAUCUCUAUUUCUAGACAAUAUGUAUCCCAUUUAAGCUUUUAAUUACCAAGAGAUAUAUAUCGCCUUCUUCAACUA